GUUAUUCUGCCGAGAAACAUUCGUGCUUCUUUGCUUUGAGUGACACGGAUGUAGCCCAGAGCAGAAAGGAGCUCCAGCGAAAUUAUUUCUCCCGGCUAGCUAAAAGCUGCAGUUCAACUGCAAUGGAGAAUGUCGUUUGGAUUACUUUAAUUGUCCUUUGCGGUUCUUUUAUUAUCCCAGCUGAUUUCCUUUACAUUACUAGAGAUAAAGACACACUUUUCGAGAAGAUAGAAGAAUACAGCCUUGUAACACCAGUUAGUACGGAUUCCAGUGGCAAAUUUUUAUCCCACGCUGUGUCAAAAAGUGGAAAAUCACGUUUUCAACGAGAUACGAACCAUGCUAAUAGAGAAAAUAGAGAUGAUAACAUUUAUUACAAUGUGACAAUAUUUGGGAAAGAACUACAUCUUCGGUUAAGAGUGAACUCAAAACUAGUUGCACCUGGAGCAACUAUCGAAUGGGAGGAUGAUUCUAAUGUGACUUUUAUAGAACCUGUUCAUAGGAAUUGCCUGUAUGUUGGAGAUAUUACUGAUCUGCCAAAUGCUUCUGUUGCUAUAAGCAACUGUGAUGGACUGGCUGGAAUGAUUCGCACAGAUGAUGAUGAAUUUUUUAUAGAGCCCUUGGAAAAUGAAAAAAAUGAGGAAGAAAGUGGGAGAACUCAUAUUGUGUAUCGUAGAUCAGCUAUACUAAAGCUUUUUCCUGAAAACACUGACAUUCAACAUAAUGAAGCUGGUCAUCUUAACGCAAAUCUAAUGGAAAAUAUGAUUGAUAACAUUGGAAAUGAAAUCAAUAACACAAAAAAAAGAAAUCGUAGACAUGCAAGUGAUGAUGAUUUCAACAUUGAAGUUCUUCUCGGAGUAGAUGAUUCAGUUGUAAGAUUUCAUGGAAAGGAUAAUGUGCAGAAGUACCUUUUGACUCUUUUAAACAUUGUUAAUGAAAUCUACCAUGAUGAGUCAUUGGGAGCACAUAUAAAUGUGGUUCUUGUUAGGAUAAUCAUGUUAAGUCAUUCCAAAUCCACCAGUUUAAUUGAAGUUGGGAAUCCUUCUCAGAGUUUAGAAAAUGUCUGUCGAUGGGCUUACUUGCAACAAAAAACUGAUACUGGACAUGCUGAAUAUCAUGACCAUGCAAUAUUUCUCACAAGGCAGGAGUUUGGCCCAUCUGGCAUGCAAGGAUAUGCACCAGUUACAGGAAUGUGUCAUCCAGUUAGAAGCUGCACACUUAAUCACGAAGAUGGAUUUUCCUCUGCCUUUGUGGUGGCUCAUGAAACAGGUCAUGUGUUAGGCAUGGAACAUGAUGGCCAAGGAAAUAGGUGUGGAGAUGAAGUCCGAAUGGGAAGUAUAAUGGCACCCCUUGUCCAGGCAGCAUUUCAUCGUUUUCAUUGGUCUCGUUGCAGCCAACAAGAACUCAGUCGUUAUUUGAAUUCAUAUGAUUGCUUACGAGAUGAUCCAUUUGCACAUGACUGGCCUUCCCUUCCUCAGCUCCCUGGGAUUCAUUACUCUAUGAAUGAGCAAUGCCGUUUUGAUUUCGGCUUGGGCUACAUGAUGUGCACCGCUUUUCGAACAUUUGAUCCCUGCAAGCAACUUUGGUGUAGUCACCCUGAUAAUCCUUAUUUCUGUAAAACAAAAAAGGGCCCUCCAUUGGAUGGAACAAUGUGUGCACAUGAAAGGCGCUGCUUCAAAGGUCACUGCAUUUGGCUUACUCCAGAUAUCCUCAGACAAGAUGGAAACUGGGGUCCGUGGAGUAAAUUUGGUUCUUGUUCUCGGACUUGUGGAACAGGUGUGAGGUAUCGAACACGCAGUUGUGAUGACCCACGCCCAGCUAAUGGUGGUCGUUCGUGUUUCGGGCCAAACUAUGAGUUACAACUUUGUAGUACUGAAGAAUGUGACAAAGAUUACAAUGAUUUCCGAGAGGAGCAGUGUAAACAAUGGGAUUCAUACUUUGAAUACCAGAAUUCGAAACAUAACUGGAUUCCAUAUGAGCAUCCUGAUGAAAAAGAAAGAUGUCACCUGUACUGUCAGUCAAAGGAAUCCGGUGAUGUAGUUUAUAUGAAGAGACUUGUACAUGAUGGAACACUCUGUUCAUACAAGGACUCACACAACAUUUGUGUUCGAGGUGAAUGUCUGAAAGUUGGAUGUGACAAAGCCAUUGGCUCAACAAAAAAAGAAGAUAAAUGUGGAGUGUGUGAUGGUGAUAACUCGCACUGCAAAAUUGUAAAAGGAACAUUCACAAGAACACCUAAGAAACAAGGAUAUGUGAAAAUAUUUGAGGUUCCAGCAGGUGCCCGCCAUUUGCUCAUAUAUGAAGCUGACACAGCGCCUCACAUACUUGCAAUUCGAAAUCAAGCUACAGGAAAGUUUAUUCUGAAUGGUGAAAAUGAAGACAGCAUGCCAGAUUCAAAAAUAUUUGUGAAAAUGGGUAUUGAAUGGGAUUAUCACAAUGAUGACAAUCGAGAAACAAUUCAGACCAUUGGACCUCUUCGUAAUGCUAUUACUAUACUUGUAAUUCCUCAUGGAAAUGUAAAAAUUUCACUGACUUAUAAAUUUAUGAUACAUGAAGAUUAUUUAAAUGUUCGCAACAACAAUGUUCUGGAAAUCGAAUAUGAAUGGGCUUUGAAAAAGUGGUCUCAUUGUUCAAAGCCGUGUGGAGGAGGUCAUCAGUUUACAAAAUAUGGUUGUAGAAGAAAAUCUGAUCAUAAAAUGGUGCAUAAGAGUUUAUGUGAAUCUAUCCCGAAAUUAAAACCGAUUCGCAGAGUAUGCAAUCUUCAGGAGUGCUCCCAACCAAUAUGGGUUACAGGAGAAUGGGAGCCUUGCUCUGUGACAUGUGGAAAAUCAGGGUAUCAGAGUCGUACAGUAAGGUGUAUUCAGCCCCUAAGUGACAAUACAAAUCGAUCAGUUCAUAGCAAGUACUGCAAUGAAAACCGUCCUGAAGCUAAAAGACCAUGUAAUCGCCAAGCUUGCCCAGCUCACUGGAGAAUAGGUCCAUGGUCACAGUGUUCUGUAACAUGUUCCAACGGUACUCAAGAACGUCAAGUAAUGUGUAGUUCUGAUGACAGUAAAAACUGUAUUGACAAUAAACCUGACACAAUAAGGAUUUGCAUACUUCCUCCUUGUACUGGAAAUGCUUCUGAUCCAUCAAAGAAGAACUACAUAGUACAAUGGAGAUCUAAACAGGAUCCAGAUUAUCCCAUGCACAAAAUAUCUUCAAAGGAAAACUGCCUUGGAGACAAGUCAAUUAUUUGUCGAUUGGAAGUUCUGUCUCGUUACUGUUCAAUGCCCAGUUUUAGCCGACUGUGCUGUAAACCAUGCAAUUCAUCUCAAAUUACCAGUGAUUCAAAUACAGUGAAAAAUAACAGCAUCGAGAAUCUUUCACCACCAAUCCCAACAACUUUAAGGGCUCCUAAUUCUACUGUGUCACCUACCAUUCCAUAUAAUAAAAACACAUCAUUAAUAAAUGUAACAGAAAAUCAAGAGCAUACUAAUAGAGUAGACAUUCCGUACAAAGUUAAUAUUUUAGAUAAUGAAGUACCAGAACCGAAUACCAUCCCCCGAAGAAGGUUUCUAUAUGAAAAGACAAAGAACCAGAGGAUUCAACAACUGAUUGCAGAGAAAAGGAAACUGGAAACAAUGAAGAAACUAAAAUAACAGUAGUGUAAAUCUCAAUUUAUUUUAUUACAUAGACCACAACACAGAUAUUUUCUGGUGCUAGACUAAAAUGGUGCUUUAGAGAACUUACAGAUAUUCUAAUUGGCAUUAUUUCAAAAUAAUAUUUAUUCCAAACCAUCUCACGGUUUUGGAAAUCACUUCACAGUCAGUUCACUUAAUGAAUUUCAGCUCUUUUGUUUUGCGUAUAUAGCCACCUAAAUACAUUUAUAUUUCUAUUAAUUAAAUCAUUUUUCUUACCAAAAUUGAUGUCU